UUACAAAUCAACGGACUGGGUGUGGAGCGCAUCAAGAGAAUUCGGAAACAGGUUUUACUUUACUGUUUACCUGAGGUGCGGACGUUUUCUUUCUCCGUGGCUUUCCGGUUGCUCUCUUCGACAUCUUUGUUCUAAUAUUUCAUCUGUGCCCAUUCGGAGUGCUCAAUAUGAAUUUGGCCAAAAAACUUAUUGGAGGGAUCCUGGAUGUUGUUAGCAACGUCGAUCCAGCCCAGUUUGUUCCAUCUGAUCCUCCUCCUCCCAGAAGGCCGCUGGCAUAUUCUAAUUCAAAUGAAACUGAUGAGGAGAGGCAGUUUCGCAAAGUAUUUCAGCAACUUGCAGGGGAUGACAUGGAGGUGAGCCCUAAUGAACUGAUGAAAAUUCUUAACAAGAUCAUCUGCAAACAUGGUGAUCUAAAGACAGAUGGUUUCAGCAUUGAGUCCUGCAGAAGCAUGGUGGCAGUGAUGGAUAGCGACAGCACUGGAAAGUUGGGCUUUGAGGAGUUCAAGUAUCUUUGGAAUAAUAUCAAGAGGUGGCAGGGCAUUUACAAGUCUUAUGAUGCAGACCGCUCUGGUAUGAUUGGGGCUUCCGAGCUGCCUGGAGCUUUCAGAGCAGCAGGGUUCCCACUUGACCAGCUUUUCCAGAUGCUUACCAGAAGAUACAGUGACCCUGAUGGCAACAUGGAUUUUGACAAUUUCAUUGGGUGUCUUGUGCGUUUGGAUGCUAUGUGCCGGGCCUUCAAGACACUUGACAAGGACAAUAAUGGCACCAUUAAAGUUAACAUUCAAGAGUGGCUGCAGCUGACCAUGUACUCCUGAAUGAACCAAAAUAUGCUACAACAUCUUAUAUUCUGUUGGCAGUUCUCCUACAUCGUUGCAUAUCAAUGUCUGUUUUAUAACAUCCGUUCUGUUUUUUUCAUUGUAGUUAAAAAUCUCGAAAUAAACACAUGCUGCUGUAACACUAGGUGGCAGCUUUGUUGCAGCUACAUAAGAUGUUUGCAUUGUGGCCUCUAAAAUGUUUAGUGUUCCCCAUAUAUUAUUCCAGUGCAAUUGUUUUGUGAUUUGUUCAACCACCAUCAUUUUACAAAGUGCACUCAACUAAAGACUAAAAAUGUAUAUGUUUUGAGAUAUAUCUAUUAAGCAGAAGCAUCACUGAAGACAUAAAUAAACUUUCAGCUUUGGAGUGCCUUUUAUUACGCUGACGCACAAAUAAAUAUUUGUACUGGA